AGUCCAUUUAGUCAUUAAGUAAACACAGCUCUUCACACACUUGGCGAUGCACAGAUGACAGGGAAACAAUGCCACAGAGGGUAAGAAUAUAGCCUGUGCUGUCGGUUGUUUGGGGGAGACGACGUUGUCUCCCAACCACAGCCAAGCCAUCGUUUUCUGUGGGUUGUGGUCUUCGUCUUCAUCUACAGGGGCGACCUUGUGUGGUCAUGGGAGGACCCGAAGAUCAGGAGAUGAUUUGGUAGCACUCCAGAGCAGAGAGUCAAACUUGGGAGCCACAAGGUAAUGAGAACACCAUUUGUGGUCAGGAAUGGCUUUGGAACAAACAGAGAGAGCUCCCACCUACAAUGGAAGAGCGGCGACUGACACCAGAGUUGAAUUUGAGUGGGUAAGGAGGUGGAUGGUGCUGGGCGAGGGGGCCACCACAGAUGAAGACCGGACCAAGGAAGGGGAUGAGUCCAUUGCCGGGCCCUCGGAGAGUAAUGCCCACUCAGUUCCUUUGCAAGAGACUUGGAGGGAGCUCCACGGGGCGGCCCGAGAUGGGGACAAGCGCCUGGUCAAGCAACUCUUGAAGCAAGGGGCAGCCACAGAGGACAGAGACGAGAACGGGUGGACGCCCUUACACGCUGCGUCGCUACAUGGUCAUGUCAUGCUGGUGAGGUUUCUCGUCCGGCGUGGAGCCGUGAUCCACGCCACUGACAAUGCCGGCUACACGCCGCUGCACUUUGCCGCCUGGAGCGGCCACACUCAGGUGGCCGACUUCCUCGUGACUCGUGGUGCUCCGGUCACUGCCUCCAGCCAAGGAGGCCUCACCCCGCUUCACUGUGCCGCCGCCAAUGGGCACAUGCUUGCAACACAACUCCUUCUGCAGCAUGGCAGCAAUCCGGUGUUUGGGGACCAUAACCAAUGGGCUGCCUUGCACUGGGCCACGGCCAACAACCGGCUGCACAUCAUGGACCUCCUCCUCUUCCAGCAUUGCAGCCCGGAUCUAAGAUGCCGAGGAGGCAUCGCUCCCUUGCAUAUCGCAGCCGAGGUUGGAAGAACGGAAGCGGUGCACCUCUUACUCGAGAAGGAGGCGCAUGUAAACAUCCAGGAUGAUUUGGGAAGGACGCCACUUUCCGUUGCUUCCACCAACGGCAAUCGUGAGGUUGUGGAGGAGCUCCUCAAGGCUCAAGCGGAUGUGAACCUGGCCGACGGUCAUGGCUGCACCCCGCUCCACAAGGCCACAGCUGCCGGGCACUUGCCCAUCGUGUGCCUCCUGGUCGGGGAAAACGCCGCCAGCGUCUAUGCGAGGGACAGCCUCGGCUUCACCCCACUCCACCGAGCCGCCAUCUGCAGCCACGUGGAGAUAGCCAGCUUCCUCCUGGACCACGGCGCCCACGUCAACGUGGUGGGGUGGCUCAGCAAGACCCCUUUGCAUCUCGCCUCGGAAAAAAGGCACUUCCCAUUCAUGGAACUUUUGUUGACGAAUGGUGCAGACCUUUCUCUGAGGACUCAGUGGCAGGAGACGGCUGAAGAUCUGGUGCCGAAGCUUCAAGUUUAGGAGACUGUGCUGGCACGGCUGUGCCAGGAGAUUUGAAUUUCCUUUCUUGCACUGUUAGUUCGUUUGAAUUCAUUUGGGCCUUGCAUUUUGCAAUUGGGUAGCUUUCCCCAGGUUGCAAUCAUAGGGCCAACAACCUAUCAAUCAUCAUUAGAGCCCUUAGAUCCGCCCCUUUCCCCAGGUUUUGGAGGGGAAAGGGGACUUUCAGUUCAGUCUCACAGUUUGAAGCCUUACAGUAGGAUGUGUGG